AUGGCGGAACCCACUGACGCGACCCCCAUCCAAGAACCUUUCAAGGGAUGGCUUGCGACUGCAGUGAAGGAUUUCCGGGACGAUUUCAGGACUCUGCUUAAGGCGAAAUCUAAGCUGAAGAAGAUGAAGGAACUCGACGCUGAAGGAACAAUUCUGCACAGCAUCCGUACCAAAGCGAAGCGGAUUCAGGCAGAGUUUAUCGUCUCGAAAGCACUGGAGGUUGAGGAGAUCGCGAAGAUGGCUAACUCGCGUGUCACGACUCUGGCUACAAGGAUGGAGGAUUACAUACAGGGGCUGAACGCGGAUCCUGAUUUGGUGGUGUCUGACGCUGCCAAGGAGAAAUUUCGUUUACUCAAGGGACGCUGCAUCGAGAAAGCCCAAUCCGACAUCGCUGCUGCCAAGGAUGAUCUUACCAUCCGGGAGUUGGAAAGACAGCGUAAGAUAGCUGCUGAGGAUUUGAAGAAAGCUGUUGCGUCUGAGGAGGUGCAGGAGAUGGAGUUAGAACCUGCGUUAGAGGAGAUUCUCGCGAAGCAGGUUAAGAAGAUUGAAGACAAACUUCGCAAGGAAAUCACUGCGAAGGUUGAGGCCAGUCUUACGAAGAAGCUGCAGAAGAAUCUCCCUCUUAAGGAGCAAGACCCUGCGCAGGCCGCUGCUGCUAAUCCGAAGCAGAGGAGUACGGCGGGAAAGCAGAAAAGUCAGGAGAAUGGCAACGCUGCACCUGCUGGAUCCAAGCCGAGGAGGAAGCGUGGUGGGAAGAAAAAGAAUCAGAAGCAGAAUUCCAGCACCGACAAAGGCAAGCAGGCGGGAGGCCAAGUCAAAUCUGAUACGGCCAAGGGACCAAAAAACGGCGGAGGCGGCCCCGAAAAAGGGCCGCGCAAGAAGAACUAA